AUGAACAAUUCAACCCGUGCAACCUGGAUGGCUCAGCCUCGUUUUAUAAAGGUGAAUUGCACUUGUAUCCUAUAUGCCGCCCCGGGACAAGCUCCAAAUUUCACGGACCCCAUUGAGCAGUUCCUAUUCUUCGAAGGCUACCAAAUUCCGCUUGAAGCGUUCACUCAUGCCGUCCUGCCAAAAGUAUUGAAGCGAAAGCUCGGCGCACGAGUCGUCCCUGCCAGUGAUUUUGAACGUCAUGUUGAGUUGCCCGAAGCCAUAUUCCAGAAAUUACACAUCGAAGAGAAGCUCGCUUUAUUUAUGGCCCCAUCGGCGUCGUAUCGUUCAAUUUUGGGGGAAAUAAUCGAGCAAAAUAUAUUACGCACCGAGCAGUUGCGCCGUAAUGCUUUGAAUUCUAAAUGGUGUACAGAAGGUGAAUGUGAUGCGUUUGUUGAUGAGACAUCAUUGAACGGGACCGGCAUCCACAUCUAUGCGGUCGACCUAUUACAAAUUAUAGAACUCGGCCGGAGAUCGCUUUUUUCUGUAUCUUCAGUAUACGCCGAAUUCUCCAUACCAGUUGUCCAAAAAGAAUACUGCUCUCAUGAUUGCCGAAAAUUUUACUGGGAGUCUAAACGAAAUUGCGAGAACGACUGUCAACAACGCCUGCGCCAUGAUCGAAUAGCAGUGACAGCUGAGAUGAAAGCGAGAUUCCAGACGUUCGUCCGGGCGACUGCUGUUUCGAAUCUACGCGAAAAAUACCGUCAUUUCUUCGUCAACCAC